AUGCAUUCUGCAAAAGGGGGGAGGAGAGGGCACAUAGGGGAAGGAAGUGGCUUUGCAUCUUGUUCUAUGGUUUCUGUGUCCAUGGUGGCCCAUGUCCUGGUGGGGAAGGGGAGUGAGAGCAGGAAGCAGACCUCUGGGUGCUCCUGUGGUCGCUGGCAGGCCCGGCAGCCGGCAGAGCCAGUGUGGUGCAGGGUUCUCCAUCCCGGCCGUGCAGUGUUAACCCGGGCUCAUGAGUCUCCGGUGUUCUCUGGAAAAAAGUACUCAUCCUUCUCUGAACUCAGAACCCUUUCAAGCUCAGGAAACCACGUCUCACUCGUGCUGACCUUAAUGUUCCCCUUCCAUCGACUUCUCUUCCCCCUCCUCGUUCCUUUUUAA